AUGAAGGCAAGCACUGACACAAGCACCAUGAAGGCAAGCACUAACACAAGCACCAUGAAGGCAAGCACUAACACAAGCACCAUGAAGGCAAGCACUGACACAAGCACCAUGAAGGCAAGCACUAACACAAGCACCAUGAAGGCAAGCACUAACACAAGCACCAUGAAGGCAAGCACUAACACCUACACAAGCACCAUGAAGGCAAGCACUGACACAAGCACCAUGAAGGCAAGCACUAACGCAAGCACCAUGAAGGCAAGCACUAACACAAGCACCAUGAAGGCAAGCACUGACACAAGCACCAUGAAGGCAAGCACUAACACAAGCACCAUGAAGGCAAGCACUGACACAAGCACCAUGAAGGCAAGCACUGACACAAGCACCAUGAAGGCAAGCACUAACACAAGCACCAUGAAGGCAAGCACUAACACAAGCACCAUGAAGGCAAGCACUGACACAAGCACCAUGAAGGCAAGCACUAACACAAGCACCAUGAAGGCAAGCACUAACACAAGCACCAUGAAGGCAAGCACUAACACCUACACAAGCACCAUGAAGGCAAGCACUGACACAAGCACCAUGAAGGCAAGCACUAACGCAAGCACCAUGAAGGCAAGCACUAACACAAGCACCAUGAAGGCAAGCACUAACACAAGCACCAUGAAGGCAAGCACUAACACAAGCACCAUGAAGGCAAGCACUGACACAAGCACCAUGAAGGCAAGCACUAACACAAGCACCAUGAAGGCAAGCACUAACACAAGCACCAUGAAGGCAAGCACUGACACAAGCACCAUGAAGGCAAGCACUAACACAAGCACCAUGAAGGCAAGCACUAACACAAGCACCAUGAAGGCAAGCACUAACACCUACACAAGCACCAUGAAGGCAAGCACUGACACAAGCACCAUGAAGGCAAGCACUAACGCAAGCACCAUGAAGGCAAGCACUGACACAAGCACCAUGAAGGCAAGCACUAACACAAGCACCAUGAAGGCAAGCACUAACACAAGCACCAUGAAGGCAAGCACUAACACCUACACAAGCACCAUGAAGGCAAGCACUGACACAAGCACCAUGAAGGCAAGCACUAACGCAAGCACCAUGAAGGCAAGCACUAACACAAGCACCAUGAAGGCAAGCACUAACACAAGCACCAUGAAGGCAAGCACUAACACAAGCACCAUGAAGGCAAGCACUGACACAAGCACCAUGAAGGCAAGCACUAACACAAGCACCAUGAAGGCAAGCACUAACACAAGCACCAUGAAGGCAAGCACUGACACAAGCACCAUGAAGGCAAGCACUAACACAAGCACCAUGAAGGCAAGCACUAACACAAGCACCAUGAAGGCAAGCACUAACACAAGCACCAUGAAGGCAAGCACUAACACCUACACAAGCACCAUGAAGGCAAGCACUGACACAAGCACCAUGAAGGCAAGCACUAACGCAAGCACCAUGAAGGCAAGCACUAACGCAAGCACCAUGAAGGCAAGCACUGACACAAGCACCAUGAAGGCAAGCACUAACACAAGCACCAUGAAGGCAAGCACUGACACAAGCACCAUGAAGGCAAGCACUAACACAAGCACCAUGAAGGCAAGCACUAACACAAGCACCAUGAAGGCAAGCACUGACACAAGCACCAUGAAGGCAAGCACUAACACAAGCCACCAUGAAGGUAAGCACUAA